AACAUUCGCGCAGGCUCGACGUGGUUGAGAACAUUCAGUGCGCACUCACAGUUAAGUUAUAAACAAUUUUAUUUUCAAACAGAAAAUUUAAAUAAAAUGUGUGUUAAUUAUUAAAAUAAUAAAUUUUAUAAGAAAAAAAGUGCAGUGAAGUUUAAAGUGUAAAAAACAAAAAAGGAAUUUUUUCUACGUACGAAAAAUAAAUCAAAGAUGGGAUUAAAAUGCUUGGACGCACUACUAAAUCGCGCCUUUUUCCGGCUGGGUUUAAUCGUCGGCCGCCAUCCUGGUUAUUUCCUCAUCAUACCCAUCCUGUUAACAAUGUUCUUCAUCACUGGCUACCAACGUAUCCACUUCAACAUAGAUCCUGAGUAUCUCUUCAGUCCAAUCAACGGCGCUGGCAAAUACGAACGCCAGGUGGUGGAGAACUACUUUAAGGUUAACUAUUCGAGUAGAUUCAAUGUGGCGCGUAUUACUAGAGCUGGUCGUUUUGGACGUGUAAUAGUAACGUCAAAAGAUGGCGACCCGAAUAUUCUACGUAAAGAAGUGUGGGCGGAACUGCGCAUGCUCGACAACAUUAUACAAAACACCACAGUGCAGUAUGAAGAUGAAUAUUUUACUUAUCAGGAUAUCUGCGCAAAGUGGAUCAACGAAUGCUUCAAAAACGACAUUCUGAAUCUUGAUUACAUAUUGGAUGACGUCGAAAGAGGUGAAUUGAAUUUAACAUUUCCGUUGAUGUUUAACCCGGAAACAUGGGAUGCGCAUGCGUUUCCGGUGUUUUUCGGCGGAACAGUCGUCAGGGAUGGCAUUAUAGUCAGUGUGCCAUCCACACAAUUAGUCUAUUUUGCAAACGCAGACAAUAAAAAACUAGACGCUAAGGGUGUUGCCUGGGAAGAUAUGUUUUUAGAUAAAGUAGGCGAAGCGCAGGAUAAAGGAAUGUUUAAACACAUCCGCAUCGCUCGAUUUGCAUCUAGGACACUUGAUAAAGAACUCGAAAAGAAUACGAAUUCAGUUAUUCCGUAUUUUUCAUCAACGUUUUUAAUAAUGGCUAUAUUUUCAGUAGUAACUUGUAUGAUGUCUGAUUGGGUACGGUCUAAACCAUGGCUCGGGUUACUUGGCAACGUCUCCGCGUCAAUGGCAACACUGUCAGCGUUCGGGUUAUGUGUUUACAUGGGCGUUGAUUUCAUUGGUUUAAAUUUAGCUGCGCCUUUUCUUAUGAUAGGAAUUGGUAUUGAUGAUACGUUUGUAAUGUUGGCUGCAUGGCGUCGUACAUCUAUAAAAGACAGUGUUCCUGAACGCAUGGCUAAAAUGUUGAGUGAAGCUGCUGUGUCGAUCACCAUAACCUCAAUCACAGACAUGGUUAGCUUCUUUAUCGGUGUAUUCUCACCGUUUCCAUCUGUUACGAUUUUCUGCAUUUAUUCAGGUGUCGCUACAAUGUUUACAUUUGUAUGGCACAUAACCUUCUUCACUGCAUGCGUCGCCAUCUCUGGUUAUUGCGAGCAGAAGAAUCUGCAUUCCGUCGUGUGCAUUCGUGUGCAACCAGUAUCGAAGUCAAAAAAUCGUUCGUGGUUCUACCGAUUCUUCUGCAGUGGCGGCGUAGACCCGGAAGACAUCAACAAUCCGGAAGAUAAUCGUGAUCAUGCAAUGAUGGUCUGGUUCAGGGAUUAUUUCGCCGCAUUUUUGAAUAAUAGUUGUAUAAAAGUAUUGGUUAUAUUAAUUUUUGGUGUUUAUCUCCUCGGUGCGGGUUAUGGCGUCACCCAAAUUGAGGAAGGACUUGAAAGACGGAAAGUAGCCAAGUCAGAUUCAUACGCCAUUGAAUUCUUUGACAGAGAAGAUGAUUAUUUCCGUGAAUUUCCUUAUAGAGUUCAAGUAAUUGUCAGUGGAGAAAUGAAUUACUCCGAUCCGGAAGUCCAGUUUCAGAUAGAAAAUAUCACUCAGACUUUCGAGAACACUUCGUAUAUCUCAAACAGUAUUUAUACGGAAUCAUGGCUGCGAUCAUUCGUGCAAUAUGCCGAACGUAACGAAGAUUAUUUAAACAUUUCGAUUAAAACCGAGGAAGGAUUCUUGGACGCGCUUAAAGAGUAUUGGUUGACUGAUGCGAGUCCUUUCACUCUCGACGUUAAAUUCAACGAUGACGGCACCAAAAUCAUCGGCAUGCGGUUUCUCAUCCAAGCGGUAAACAUUUCCGGAACUGAACACGAGAAAGAAAUGGUGCGGGCACUGCGGAAAAUUUGUCAGGACAGCGCGCUAAAUAUUACUGUUUUUCAUCCUUAUUUCGUUUUCUUUGAUCAGUUUGAACUAGUACGACCACUAUCCCUCCAAAAUAUGGUUGUAGGAGCUGUAGUGAUGAUGAUAAUCUCAUUUUUAUUCAUUCCCAACUUCCUCUGUUCCCUCUGGGUAGCCUUCAGUAUAAUCUCCAUAGAAAUCGGAGUUAUUGGAUACAUGGCCCUCUGGCACGUGAACCUCGACUCCAUCUCAAUGAUCAACCUCAUAAUGUGUAUAGGAUUCAGUGUUGAUUUCACCGCACACAUCUGUUACGCCUACAUGUCUUCCACAGCAAAACGUCCUGAUGAACGUGUACGUGAAAGCCUCUACGCUCUUGGAUUGCCUAUCUUCCAAGGCGCAUUCAGUACCAUUUUAGGAAUGGUCGCUCUACUCCUAGCAAACAACUACAUAUUCCUCGUCUUCUUCAAAAUGGUCUUCCUGGUAGUAUUCUGUGGAGCAAUGCAUGGCCUCUUCCUACUUCCGGUUCUACUAUCACUCUUUGGUCCUGGAUCCUGCACAGAUUGGGAUGAAGACGACGCUAUUAAAAUGUCCUCCAUUGAAAAAGCCCUUCCACAUCCAUAUUGCAUACCACACCCACAAUUCACCUUAAACGCAAGUCUUACACCCACGAAUCUGAAACCAAAAAGUUAUAAACAAUACGAUAUGGAAAAAGAUUUAGGACUUGGUACAUCAGAAGAAAACUCUAGUGAAUCAGGAUCAAAUAAUUCAAAAGAAAAACAAAUGUUGGAAGAUGAAAUGACUGAAAGAAGAUAUAGAGAAAGAUGGAGACGUAGUUCUGCUUCUGAUUACCCUGUAUCAAGGAAUGAAUUCCACGCUCAGCAAGUGUUGGAUAUCUACGGGAAUGACGCAGAAAGAGAUUGGUAUCAAAGACGUGAAGCAAGACGAAAUGCACAACCUCCAGCAGGGAGAUUUGAUGCGCCUGCGUCGAAUGCACGUCGACGACAGGAUCUACAACGCUCGUCAUCACAUCAUAACCUACAACAUCCGAAGUAUAUUCAGGAACUACGGUUUCCAUAGAUUUAGUCGAUUUUUUAUUUCCCAGUUUUCUUUUACUAAUAUUUGUCAUUUCAUGCACACCCUGUAAAUACCCCAAAAUGUAGGUUAUGUAGGCUAUGUUGAAAGUUAGGUUAUGAUUUUCUAUUGUAGUAGCAUUAGUUUUAGUCUACACGUCGACUGGAUUAAGUUAUUUAAUUUUUUUGUUCACGAAUAUAAAUAAAAAGGAAACGAGUCAUGUGUGUAGUUGUAGUAGUGGUUUAAUGAGUUUAGUCUGGGCGUGUUCUUAAUUGGGCGUGAUUAGUAAGCACGAAUUUUACUAUAUUACUUAGUGAGAAUGGAAUACACUUUGCUCAACAUUGUUAUUAGAAAUUAUAGCGAUUAUGGACCAUUCGUAAGUCAUGUUUGUAAAUAUUUAUAAUUGAAUAAACGUUGUAAUUAUAA